CGAUGGCGGCUGGUAUAAAAACUACCGCAUUUAGGGUGAGCAAGCAUCACUUGCAACGCGCUGUACCAAACGGAACAUGCUCACGAAGGUUUUCACCAUCUUCGCCGUAGCUGCUGCAGCUCACGGGGUCGGCUUGGGUCCAUUAGGCGGCUAUAGUGAACAGCAUAGGGCACAAGAUGACUUCGGGCGGUACAACUUCGGCUACCACAUUGUCAACGGUUUAGGUGCGGUCAACGGUCGCAAGGAGGCUGGAGUUCCAUACGGUCCCGUCGUCGGUUCCUAUUACCUCGGAGACAUCGAUGGUAGACAACGUGUCGUCAAAUACGUCGCAGACAACCACGGAUUUCGAGCCCAAGUUCAGACCAAUGAACCCGGAACCAAGACAAGCCUAGCCGCCGCUGCUCCGACUUUCUCCGCUUUUGGCACUAGUGUACCAGCAGUGGGACUUGGAUACGGUACCGGGUACAGUUACAACGGUGGAUUUGGAUAUGGCCGUUAGGCAGUCUUCCUCAUUCUUCUACUCUCUAGUUCUCCCUUUCUAUUCCUUUCUCUCUCUUUUCUAUCACGUCGCCUCGCAUUCUUUUUGUUUGUUUGCUUUGUCAUAUGCAUUAAUGGCUAAGAUGAGCAGUAAUUCAAGUAGAUCUAAGUGCUUUGCUCCAAUGGUGUGAAGAAGUGGUCUCGUACUGAGCCGAACACCACACAACACAAUGUUUGAACACCUCAUUGAUAAUUUACCUAUCGUGUUCACAGUCGUUCACAGAUCUUGGUGUUACUUUAUACUUACUGAUUCAGUUUUAGCGAUCUUGUCACAUGGAUUGUUAAAAGUGCUUUUUCCGUUUGGAGGGAGUUUUACUUCAGGAGGGAGACCGAUUGAGGAGUGGUCGUAUUCAUAAACAUCUGUG